GACGGUGCUGAUUUACCUGCGUACAACACUGCAGCAGUGCAGAAUGAUGAGAGCAUAGCUGAUCAUGAAUUGACGGAUACAGUAUUGAGCUCAGGUUAAAUUUGGCCCUGAUUGGAAGACAAGCGUACCGAUGACGAGGAGUGAGGGUGACUUUGUUACUUGUGUUAAACUUCCACCUGGUCACCACAGAAUCGUAUUUGUGGUAGAUAACAAUUGGCGUGUCAGUGACGACCUUCAAACAGCAACCGAUGAUGACGGAUUGAUGGUCAACUAUGUCGAAGUGCCUAAGAUCGGCGAUAAAAUGGAGCACUCGAAGGAAGUUAACAACACGCGUAUAAUUACACCACAACAGGAUAACUUUAUCGAUUUGUCGCAUCAAGAUCCAACAUUAGCUCAUGAAUACACAAGUGAUAUACCCCAAAUGCUUAUCAACUACGCCAACCUUGAAUCUUCACCUCCAUCUUCACCACAAGCAAGCAAUAUUCCACUACCGGAACCACCUAUGUUGCCUCGACAGCUGGAAAGAGUCGUAUUAAAUACUCAACCACCGCAGUUGGCCUCUUCAUCAAGCAAUCCCGUACCUCAUGGCGGUACUCUAGACGAUAAUAGUGUAUUACCAAUUCCAAACCAUGUUACACUCCGACAUCUCACGGCGAGCGCUAUACGUGGUGGUGUACUUGCUGUUGGUACGACCACGCGCUAUAGAAGGAAAUUCAUUAGUACAGUUUACUAUACUAGCAUUGAUUGAUUGAGGGGUAUGAUUGAGAAGAUUUCAUUAACAUACAGCGAUCAAUACACGUAUGGAUUUAUCAUUGUUUCAAUUUGUAGACAUACUAUGUAUUUAGUGAGGAUUUCAAAUUUGUUUUUUUAAUAUUUGU